AUGGCCCGGGCUGGCAGGAGUGGCAUUGCCAUUUCAUUCGUUAUCCAGUAUGAUGUUGGGAUCUGGCUAAGGAUAGAAGAGGCUUUGGCUAAGAAGGCGGACAGGUGUAUGGUAAUCGAGGAGGCUAUGGUUUUCGCGGAGAGAGUAGGUGAAGCGCAGAGACAGGCUAUAUUGGAAAUAAAGAAUCUGCAUGAGGACAAAACAGGGAGUUUGGGGGCUGCUGAGCGGCGGAAGAGGAAUGGGAAGAGGGGUAUGGAUGAGAUGGAUCAGGAGGAGGUUUAG